CUUUAUUGUCAUCUUGGAAGCCAACUCAAGUUACCCAUCUCUCUCUCUCUCUCUCUCUUCUCUUCUCUUUGUUUUCUUGUUUGCUUGCUUGGUGUAAAGAAAAGAUAGCUCCCUUUCCACUGCCCAUCUCUCACAUCCCUGCUUCCCUUCCACCCUACCUCCUUUUCUGCCCCCUCUCCACAACACCCCAACAAGUUUGUUUGCUUGCUCGCACGCUUGCUGCUGACUAGUAGCUCGCUAGAACAAGCAGAUCAGCUCAAUUACCUAGUGUCAAGAACGGAGAAGAAGCUUUCAGCUUAGGUAGCUUUGGUGCGGAAUUGUGUGCAGAAGCGGGAGGAGAAUUAUUGAGCGGUUGGAAGUGGAUGCUUGCGUCGAGCUAAGCAAAUAGCAUCCACUAUAGAGAGAUCGGUGGAGAGAAAGCCCUAGCUGAGAGGAAGCUCUAGCUAGCUAAGCUAGCCAUGUGCGACUACUUCCUGCAGAGGAUGGAGGGCGACCAGGCCGGCGGCGACCUCACCGACAUCGUCCGCGCCGGGGGAGGGGCCAUGCCGGGGAGCGUCGUCGUCGACCUCCCGUCGACGGCCGCCGAGUGGCAGCUCCCGGCUGAGCCGAUGCUCUUCCCGCCGCCGCCGUCGUUGUCGUCGACGACGGACGGCUGUGGCGCCGGGGGAGCGGCAGGCGCCGACAUCUUCGGCGGUGGCGGCGGCGACCUUUUCUCCGGCCUCGUGGACCCGUUCAGCAGCGACUACUCGUCCGGCGCGGACUUCUUGGACGCCAUGCCGGACGCGAUGGCGAAGGUCGGCUUCGACACAGCUGUCGGCGGCGGCUGCGGCGGCGGCGGCGGAGGUGGUGGUGGGAGCGGUGGACACCUGUUAGACAUGAGCAGGAAGCCUCUCUUGCCCAGAGGGAUGCCGAUGGCGGCCGUCGGUGGGCUGGCGGCGCCGAGGGUGAUGCCAUCGCCGCUGUCGCCGCGAGCCAUACGGCCGUACCCGCCGAUCUCCGCAGGCGACAUGAUGAAGCUCGGCAUCACGGCAGGGCAGGCGGCCGGGUGCGCCAUCGACGCCGCCGUCGCCGGCAUGCAGAUGUCGUCGCCGCGCUCCGGCGGGAUCAAGCGCAGGAAGAACCAGGCGAGGAAGGUGGUGUGCAUCCCGGCGCCGACGGCGGCGGGAGGAAGACCCAGUGGUGAGGUGGUGCCUUCUGAUCUCUGGGCUUGGAGGAAGUACGGCCAGAAGCCUAUCAAGGGCUCACCCUACCCAAGAGGCUAUUAUAGAUGCAGCAGUUCAAAAGGUUGCUCUGCAAGGAAGCAAGUAGAGCGCAGCCGUACUGACCCAAACAUGCUCGUCAUCACCUACACCUCGGAGCACAACCACCCAUGGCCGACCCAGCGCAACGCCCUCGCCGGCUCAACCCGGUCUCACCACAGCAAGAACAGCGGCGGCGGCGGCGGCUCGGGUUCCAAGGGCUCUCAGAACGACAAGUCACAGCAGCAGCCAAGCGUUAAAGAAGAGCAGAAGGAUCAGGCGACGACGGCGACGACGACGACCACCAGCACAAUCACUACCACGAAUAGUGCUUCUCCUGUGGUUGUGAAGGAGGAAGAGGCGGCACUGGCAGGAUCGUCGGAAGCAUUGGAGUUGGAGAGAGUCAUGGACACUACUGCAGCUGGAGUAGUAGACCACAGUGAGCUCAUGGAUCAUGUUUUCAGUGAGAGCUACAAGCCGAUGAUACCGGAGACUGGCCAGCCGGAUGAUUUCUUCGCAGACCUCGCCGAGUUGGAGUCAGAUCCCAUGAGCUUAAUCUUCUCGAAGGAGUACAUGGAAGCCAAGCCAAGUGGUGGCGAUCAUGCCCAGGAGAAGGCAAUGGCCAAGGAAUUGGAUCCAUUCGACAUGCUAGACUGGUCUACUACUACUAACUCUUCGGCAGGGAGCUCAUUUGAGCAAGGGAAGAGAGGCUAAACCCAUGGGCAUAAAGCCAUGCAUGAGGGUUUAUGCAUGCAUACGGUUACAUAAACUUGAUCCCAGCUAAUAACCAUAAAGAUUGUGACAAUGUCAGCAAAGGAAAGAUGAGAUUUUUUUUUUUUACUUUUCUUUUCUUCAUUUGGUCUCUCUGCUUCUUCAUAUUAUUGUGUGUGAGAAUUAAAUUUUGUUUCAAGGUCUAGGUAUAUGGACCUCAUUUUUUAGGCUGUGUCAACUUGUUGUACUUAUGCAUGAGAUGAUGACCACUCUAUCUCUCUCUCUGUCGCUCGAUGUGUGCACUGUGUUUAUGGUUAUCUAACAGAUAUAAGAAGAUUAUAUUCUA